GUGGAUCCGCGGCUGGCUCGCACGCGCGUCAUACGAUUGACGAUGCUGCACACCGAUUAACGAUCGAUCGACCGAUCGAACGACUCGUCCGCGAACCGUAUUCGCGCAGCCCGGAACGCGGAGCAGAAUAGACAUUGACACAAAGUGGUUGUUUUAUAUUCAAGUCUGGCGUCACGGAUUUGAAGAGGUGCGCUUUAGUUUGAUUGAAAGUUAUUGAGAAUUUGGUGUUAUUCGCGCGGUUAAUAUGAAAUAAUUGAUCAUCCUCGUACAAUGAAAAUAUUUCCGUUCGGUUGUAAAUUAUUUGCCAGUCUGCGGAAACUCGUGUAUCGAACUGAAGAGGAAUAUUAUCGACACGAAUGUGAAGUGAAUGCAUUAAUAUUGACGACCCGCUGGAAAAUACUUCCGUUUCCGCAAUGUGUCCGUUUAAAUUCGCGUGAAUGUUUGAAUAAGUGGAUUCCGAUGUCGCGAAAGUAUCAGUGGAGUCGUUAUAGAAUCACUUACAAUCUUACGUCUUUGACAAGAUAAUAACCGAACACCGAUCACAAAACGAAAAAUUUCAUUCGUCCAUCAAGAUAGUGAUAAUUGAACCCAAACAAUAAAUAACGGUGAACGUAGAACAUGAGCCAAAAUUCUCCUAUUUAUUGUUUUCGAGAAGCACACUAAACUUAGAUUUAAUCUGUCUACGCGACAAUAGCGAGGCAGUCGAUCGAAGACGUCAGUGCUGCAAAGACAUCUUUACACUGCAAACACUAAUUCCAACAAUUUAAGAAAGAAAAUUUCGAAAGCAAUUCCUCGUAUAAAUAUAAUUCCAACAAUCGGAGAAGAAAAAACCUAAAACUUCGACGAAUAUAGUAUUUCCAAUUUGAAACAAACUCACAGCAGGAUUAUUUGAUCGAAGUUCAAAUCGAAAAUCUUGCAAACAUGAAGAACACCCACCCGACAAUAACAGCCACGCCGAUUAAUCCGGAUACAUCCUCACCGAACGAAGCCGGGGAGCCAAUCAUCAGGCUGAAAUUAGACAAGCCGCUGCACUGGGAAUGGGAAUUGACUACAUCAGCGGAUACGCUUCCGGUGAUCCAGCUGCUGGACAAAAAUGGCCGCUUGCUCGUGGAAACAACAGGCAGAACCGCGCAGAGGGCGAGAGGCUCGUUUCGAGAUGGACUUAAGUCGCACGAGGAGUUUCCACCAUCGGAGCAGACGCCAACUGCUUCGUCGUCCUUCUCCAGCUCCUCAGCGUCGAACUCGGUGGUUCCGUUGCAAGGCAACCGAAAUAUGGACGGAUUCAGCACGAAGUUCGGUGGCUGCGAGUUCGGUUUCAGACCCCGGAAGUCGAAGAGCGAGGUAACUGUGAAGGAGAAGGAGAAACGGGGGAGGAAAAGACAUUCCGGCGGUCCAGAGACGGCCACGCAGCAGAACGAACAAGGGAGAGUAAUGUCUAAGAGGUACUCGCUGGGCGAUUACCUUCGGCAACAGAUCAUAGACGAUCUCCGAACGAAAAGCACUUUGGGCAAGCGACCGGAGGAAAUUGCUAAAGAGAGAUGUAAGAAGAUGAAGGCGUACUUGAGGAGCCAGAGUGAGACGCUGCCGCGAUUAAUUCAUGUGGAAGAGGAAGAAACAGGAGAGAAGACGGAAUCUUCGAUCAACGAAGACGCAAGAGGUAGAACUGAAUCAUCGAUCAAAGAAGAUUCGCGGGAUCAGAGAAUCAAGGAUGGUUUGAAGCGACUUCGAGACGCGAUCAGGGAAGAAGAACCUAUCGUUAAAGCUACCGGUGAUCAGAGUAAUGAAGCACAAGAUAGUCUUCCUAGGAAUGAUCCAUUGAACGAAGGGAGAUCGGGUAAAUGGGAGUUACAGCGCAAGAACAGUAUCAAGAACGAAGAAUUGAGAAAAGUUAAAGCGUUCCUGCAGAGAAAGCUGCAGCAGAAGAUGGCGCAGGAGCGAUCAAGUAGCUCGGGUCGAUUGAACGGAUCACUGGAAGCUAAAGACGAGAUCCAGAAAAGAUACUCCGAGUGCAGGCGCAACGAACAGCCUAAGGGUUAUCGCGCUAGGAAGGUACGCAGCGAGACGAGCAUCGUCAGGUUCGACCCGGAGACGUUGCAAAAGGACAAGCAAAUAUCUGGCAAGCAGUCGGAAAGAGAGAGAUCGAGGAGUUGGAAGGGGAGCGCGGAGGAUUCAUUGAAGCAGAAGGUUUACCGUCGGUCGAUAAGCGAAGUAAGGAGCUCGGAGACCGCAGAUUUGAGUCACCGGCCAAAACUUCAGUCCAGAGAAUCAUCCGGUUCAGAGAAGCGAAAACUUUACCGCAAGACGAAGAGCGACGUGUUGCUGGGUCGUGCUGGCAGCAGUUUUGACUCGGAGCAGGAUCACGAGAAUCCGCCGAGGCGGAUCAGAAGCCAGGACAAUGUAGACAAGUCCUGGCGAGAGUACAAAGAAAGGAAGAAGUUGAGUAGACUGCAACGGGAAUCUGAGAAGGAGGUGAAAGAAGAAGAUUUCAUGAGCAAGCCCAGGUGGAAGGACCUGCAGCCGGGCAUGUGUUCCUUCAGGGACUGCAAGGUCUGCCAAAACUCGCGGAACUGCGUAAAUCCUUUGCUGGAAGCCGACAAUGGCGAAAUCUCGAAGGACUCCCAGGGGAAAGGGGACCCUAAGGAUGCAGCGCGUAAGGAUUCCUCGAACGACAGACCAAGUACUAGCCUUCAGGAGAAUUAUUUGGUUAUCGAUCGAGACACUGACGGCACUGGCAACCCGACGAUCGCGAAAAUUCUUGUGAAGAGCCGGGACGCUACUGAGAACGCCAUGAACUCGCCCGACUGUGGCUACAAUACGAUCCCGAAAGAGGCUUUCAAGGAUUACCGGGAGCUGUACAUGCGGUCGAACGUGAAGAAAAGCGAUACGUUUAAGAUCGUAGACGGCAGCGAAGACCCUGAAGGGUCAGGGGACGAGAGCGAUUCGAAGGGGGAGCCGGCUGAGGGAUUGGUUGAUAGUUUGAACGAGGGCUUGCUGACCAAUAAAUCGAACGAGGACAUCGCCAGGGAUUAUUUCAAGAGGGUGUACGAGCUGUUGAAGAAACGGCAGGAGGAGACAAGAAAAGUGCAGGAAAGGACCGAGACACCGGGAUUCGACGACUCGUCGUCCUCCAACUACGCGGAGAAAGUGCAGAAGAAGAGGCCUCGGCGUAGGAGGAAGGAACGGAGUACACAAGGUGAAGAAGUCGUAACAGUGCCACCUACGAGCGGAGGUCAGGACAGCUGGAGAUCCCAGACACUUUCGUUGAGCGGCGAAUCGCCGUUGAAUCGUCGCAGGGGUUACCGUGGCCAGCUGCAAGCCGUGCCCGCUGGGAAACGGACCCGCCCUGCGCCACCCCCGCCGCCGAUAUCCAGCAAGGUCAAUGCCAAGGACAUCGACAAGUACUUCGACUGGCCGAACAAGGAGAACAACAGGCCCGGAAAUGCCGUGAACAACGGCAACGUGACAAACGAGCCGCCGUCCGGCAACGAACCGCUGAACAUGGGCUCCAACCUGAGCCGACACAACGGGAAGGGCCUGACUGGCCGCAGGACCCAGUCCUCCGGGAACCUCUGCGAUCCCAAGGGCAAGCUGAACAGCAUGGGCAAGAUACUGGUGCCAUGUUCCAGCGCGCAGAGGGAAAGAUAUAAAUUCUGUGGCUCGUUGCCCAAUCACCUGGACGACAAGGACGUGCUAGACGACGAUCCGAAAGAAAAUAACAAUAUAAUGACUGACACUAUUACCGGGAAUCUCGGUGGAACGUUGCCACACAAGAAACGGUCGUUAGGUGUCCACUUCUCGGACGGAGGGCCAACUGGAGCCCUGGAUCUCGUAAAACAUCGAUCGCAGGAUUCCAUAGAUGAAAAUGAUCCUUGGAGGUACCAGCAGAGCGACCUUGACCUAGUGAGGUGCCGCCACGGAAAUUUCGACUCGGUGAGGAGGAACCGAAGCACCGACACGGUAUCCAGCGAUUCCUCGAGAAGAUACAACCGCGGUUCGUCCCUGGAAGACAGAUGUCAUCGAAAUUCGGAUCUUGACCUGGUGGGCACGUUGCCUAAACGAAAGCAGGACACCAGGAACGGCGAGAAAGCCUCCGAUACCAAUUCCUCGUCCUCGCAGCCCUGCAUCCCUGACGCGGGCACCGACAACGAUUUGCUGAUGCAGAUCGUGCACAAACCCGAUUGCGAGCUAGUCAGGCAUCGGCAACAACUUAGCAAGUGCAUUGAUCUUAAAUUGAGCAAACUGGCCGGUGGGGAGCCGCAGGAUCAAGGUUAUGCCUCGGAACGCUCUCCGGAAGACGAACAUCCGCCUUCGUUGCCUGGACAACCGUUCCCGAAUAUCACACCUGAGAGCACGUUUCGAGUAACGCUGCAGAAAAGUAGUCGUGGACUCGGAUUAAGCGUUUCCGGCGGAGGAACCGCCGGACCAGUUAGAGUAAAAAGACUGUUCCCUCAACAACCUGCGGCCUUGUCUAAUAAACUUCAACCUGGUGAUAUUCUUCUUGCUGCUAAUGGUAUUCCUUUAACAGGCCUUACCAAUUACGAGGCCCUCGAAGUUCUACGAACGACACCCAGCACCGUUGAGUUGGUGGUGUGUCGUCUUCCGGGUGAUACGAAUGUCACUCCACCCGGUGCACCGCCGCCACCCCCGGCGAGACGCGAGCCGCCACCGCCUUUACGAAUACUCAACCCCUUACCGCCGCUUCAAAUCGAACCCUGUGGCGAAUUCGACAUAGAAAUGACGAAGGUCGGCGGCAGCCUGGGUUUCACUUUGAGAAAAGCGGAUAGCAGCGCGCUGGGUCAUUACGUGAGGGCAUUAGUGCGAGAGCCGGCAUUAAGCGACGGUCGUAUUCGACCAGGGGACAAAAUAGUCGCUGUUGACGGUGCACCAUUGUCCCCCAUGAGCCACGAAGAGGCCGUCCAAUUGCUGCGACAAUGUGGCCCGACUGUCAGGCUUCGAUUGUACAGGGAUCUGGCGCAAACUCCUGUCUCCGCGCUUUCACCUACCGAGCCCGAUCACCCUCUCCGUCCACCACGAACAAGUUUGAGACAAGAGGCGGUAGACAUGCUCUGCGAUUUAGCGGUUCGAAAACUAUCUCCAGGAACCUCAAGCGGUUCAAGUUGCAAGCAAUCCCCCGGAGCGUCGUGCAAUUCCCCGAGAAGACUCCGGCGUCUUGCCACCCGCACGCCUACCGAAAACGAUCAAGAAGCCUCGGAGAAGCAGCUGAGCGUGAACACCGCGUCGACGGCCAGCCAGGCGGAGACAUCCGACUCCGACCAGUGCUCGAUCAGAACGCAGAUAACGAAUUCCCAACCGAACACACCUGGAACGGACAUAAUCGAUCCGCCGCCGCUUUACGACGUCUGCGACUCGAGCGAUUCCUCGAAGACACCGGCGCGGCCGAGUUUCCUUGACUUGUCGGCGCCCCAGGGGAAGCCUCAUUUCCAGUUCUGCAGUCUGAACUCGGAUCUGGAGUAUUCCGGAGAUGACGCGGUCCCAGCCGCGGAUGAACAGGCGUCUUCGGCGGCGGCCGACUACGACAGAAGAGAAGUCACCGUGUUGUCCAGCGAUGAUCACGACAACGAUCUGCCUUCGGAGCCGGCCUCAAUGCCGCCGGUGCUAUCGGCCAGCACCUCGAGCUCGGCCGCAUUCAGCUACAAGAACCCAGCUUACCAGAGCGCCAAUCCGGCCUGCGGCGCCGGUAUCGACGCCGCCGCGAAAAAUAAGGCUACCCACUCCAGCGACCAGNNNNACACAGGGAAAAUCUUGGGAGCAGAGGAUCCCGGCGGUAGCAAGGGUUUAUUGAAGUGGAAAGGCGUGAUGUUCGCUCCGGAUGAUGGAAUAGAUAAAGCUGAGAAUGAAGAGGAAAAAGUCGCGAAAGACACCACGGAUUCAGCUAUCCCCGACGAAGAACUUGAACCAGAAAUCGAGGUGAUCAUGGUAGAGCUGACACGUGGAUGGAAUAGCCGACUAGGUUUCAGUUUGCAGUCGGAAGGAAAUCAUACAGUUAUAUCGGUCGUGCAUCCUAACAGCGUCGCUGCUAAAGAUGGGAGAUUGAAACAGGGUGAUAUGCUUCUAAUGGUAAACGAGGAAGGGGUGAGAAACAUGCCGACCGCGGAUAUAAUAGAUCUGCUACGCAAAAUCCGGGGAUCCAUAGGCAUCACGGUUAUGAGACAAAGUAAAAAGGAAAAUGUAACGUGACGCUAGUCAGGUGUAUAAUAGAAGAACCAGCUAAUAAAAGAAAGUGCGUUUUUUCUUUGAAAAACGUGACAUCGAUCCACGAAUAUCGCUCUAAGGUAAAAACCCCGUUGAUCCUCGUUUCGUUCAAUGGAAGAACGAUGCGAGAACAAAGAUAACUUGUUUCGUAAUUAUACAGUCGACGUGUUAACGGUGUGCAAUAUAAAGUUUCAUGUGACUAGAUCUGUACGUAGAGUCUAUGAGAAACGAAGCCUUAGACGCACUGUGGUGAUUUAAUCAGUUGUAACGAGCAUCACCUUAUGAUCAUCAUUCGUGCAAAUAACUAACAUUUAAUUGUUCAAUAAGUUCGAGAAAUUUCGUGUCAAGAAUUUUUUUUUCCGAAAUUUUCAAUGAUAUUCAAUCCAUUGGGUAUUCUUCGCUAUCGAUCACUAUCAUUUUUCAAUACCAUAGAUAUUUUGUAAUCAAUUUAAUCAACUUAAAUCGAGAAAUUACUACUGACAUUAAGCAAAAAGUUUUAAUAUAAUUUCAACAUAGGGAAAUAGAAAGUAUCAAUUAAUAUAUAUGAAAUAUCCACGAACUCAUUGAACAAUCUAAUAAAUGCAAAAUGAAGUGCAACUUCUCCAAUUGGCGCAUAAUCGAGCGCAUUCCCGAAGCUGCAUUCGUCUUGACACUCCAACGUGUACGAAAUUGAAUUACUAGUACGUUGUAAAAUGUAUUGUUAAUAUAGCCGAAUUAAUGUUCAGCAUGGUUUAAUGGACAUCCUUCGAGACGAACCGCGUUCGCAGUUCGUUUAAGGUAAAAAGACUGCUUUAAGAAGUAAACGAAAAAGUGCGAAAGCGAAAGACAAAUGCAUGGUUGCCAUGUAGAUAUUUAUUGGAUGAAUGUAAAAUGCACAUAAUGCAAGUCUUUAUUUUUACGUGAUUCUUGUUGAGAAGUGUAAACGCUCGGUGUCUAAACAUCAAAGAACGCUCGGCAAUCGUAAGGUAGGAUAUUUUUAUAAACCUACGCACCGAAAAAUUUCUCGUUCAACGGGACUUAAAACCAAUAAAAAAAAGAAGAAGAUAGAAUUCUAUAUAUAACUAUUGCAAAGACUUUAUAUAUUCUCUGUCAUGCGAGCGCGAAGAAUGAAGACUAUUUAAAACGAUCCGAACGCCAAUCCGCGGCGAGAAAAUACUCUAAACGUACCAAAAACAUUUUCUUUAGUUCAAAAUUCAAUUAUCGAAUUUAGGAAAAUUCACCUAUGGUUUUAGGUAUUAGAAACGUAUUGAUAUCGUUGCGUACCAAUUUAACGAGAAGAAAUACAUAUACGUAAACGCGUGAAGUUCCCACGGAUUCGUUAGGAGUUACGAAGUAAAAUAUAAAAAUCUUGUUAUUCGAAUUACGAUUUAUCUUGUUAGUGAACAUUUCAAUUGUACAAUUGAAAUACAUAUGAAGUUUUGAAUCCUACGAUUAUAUUCUUCCCGAUCGAACGGAAAUUGUUAUUAGAACAUUGUGCUAACUAAAAAUUUUGUUGAAUCCGAAGAAAGUGUUGCAAUGUGAUAAUCUUUCGAAGGAAACAACGAUGUGGGUCGACGAAAACUCAUUCUAAAUGUAAUAGAGAUAAUAGGAAAUUAAUUAUCUAAUUCACGAUGUUACUCCCAUUCAAUGAUAACGAAUAUUCGUGUUACAUGAAUAUUUCUCAAAUUCGUCGACGAAUUCGAAUAAUAAAAGCAAUCGUUAUCGAGCGCAAUAAAAAGCGAAAGGGAAAGCUAUAUCGAGCCCCGUAAUCAAAGUGUUAAUCAAAAUAUCACGGAGAAUACAUGGAGAGGAGUGUGUUAUCCUUAUUACGUCGCUGAAUCACUGCGCCUCUUGUAAAUAGUUGUAACACAAUUAUUUUGUUUCUCUGUUUUCUUUUUAAUGUUACGUUCCCAAAGUUUAAAAACAAGAUCAUAGCUCGAACACGUCGAACAUAUCGUCGCGAAAUAUGCCGCAUACCUACACGUGUUCAGCGCGUAUAAUAACACGCGAACCAUAAACUGUAUUAUAGUGUAACCCGCGACUUCGCCAAUGUACAACAAGACGAAACACAUUACAAUCAUGUUAAUCGCGAAAUUGAUAGACUUCAAAUGGUGUGCCAUUUGAGAGGAAGUAUGGCAUUCGAUCUACGAAUCUUGGACUGCUGUAGCAUUGUUAACUAGUGUUUCUUAUCGUGACAAACGCUAUUGCGUUACGUGUAUUAACGAUAAUAGAGAAACUACUCGAAAAGCAAUCAUUAAUCGCGUCUUGUUCGAAACCUUCGUAACGAUGAUUGCUAAGACCAUUUCAAUUUCCGCGUCAACCAUGAAACCGUCGAAAUUGCGACGUUGGAAAACCUUUUUUUUUGACGGAACGACGAAUACGCGAACGCCCCGCGUAACUGCAGUUCCAUUUCGAACUAGAUAUUUUCAGUGAUUAAAGAUUUUGUACAUAUCUCGUAGCAUGCAGUAUCUGAUUUUUAAUUUAUAAAAGAACAAAUUAUGCACCAUUUGAUAUCGGUUUAUUUUCGGGAGUUGAUACAACGUUAAAUCAAUCAGUGAAUUCUUUGAAAUCUCACGGUCGUGAUGUAGAAGUUGCUCUCGGAUAAGGAAGAUUUAAAAAAGAAGAACAUUUCUUGUGCUUCGCAUUUGAUUUUAUUCAAAGUACGUGUAAUAUAACACUGAAAGUAGGCAAAUACUAUAUUUUCUUCGGCUUAUAAAUUCUAAAAAUACUAUUGGUCUUCUUGUUGACUACUCUUUGAAGAUUUGAUUAAACUUUCAUAUAUUACGAUGAAUAAACAGAAAGAUAUUCUUCUCGUAAUUUUCUUUAUCUUUCAACAAGUUUCAUGGAUUUCUAUGCACAGGAAAAAAUAGACUCGCUUGCAGUAUAUUUAAGAGUGUAGUAGACGUUGAGUAACUACCUCGCGCGAUGCCAUACCAUACAGCAGUGGUUCUCAAACUUUUUAUGCGUAACCCCUUCUCUUAAAAGCCUAACUACGAGUAUAAUCUGGCAAAUAAAUGAACUAAAAAAUAAUAUAGCAUAAAUUAUUGUCGCCUACAAUUGAAAAAAAGGAAACCGGAAGUGUAAAAUUCUAUCAGGAGAUAAUAAACAUAUUUUUGAAAAUAAAUUUUAUUUUUGGACUAUAAUAAUUAAGGAACAAAACCAGAAUGAAUUAUUUUCUGUAUAAAUAUCUAUGAUUAUAUUUCAAUAUAAGAUAAUAUAAAAAUGAUCUUUACGUGGCAACAAUACAAUUAUUAAUAGAAAAGAAAUUAAUAUUUACUAUAGUUUGUCUACCACAUUAUUAUGUUAUACUGAUAUUUUUCGAUGCAAUAAUAUACAAGGAAAUAAUAAUAAACAAUAACUAUUUUCAACAAAAAAAUUCCUACUUAUUCAGCAGAACUCUACGAAAAGAUAUUUGAAUGUAACCAAAUUCCACGGUUUCGCAAAGAAUGGUUUCAGAAACACUGCCAAAUAUGAGUAACACUUAAUGCCAGAAAAAUAAUUGUUAGUAGAAGCCACGUACAGCUGUAGCAAAAUUCAUCUCUAUAAAAAUGUUACACUUGUAUUUAUUCACAGAAGAAAACACAUAGUAAUAUAAAUAUAUACUAAACCAUCAUCAUAAGGUUGCAAUAGACUAAAAAAAAAGAAUUUUAAAUAAAAUGUUUCAUGAAUGUGAUAGUCGUUCCAUUAGAAUGUUAGAAGCCUUAAAAGUUCUAUGAAAUAAAAAAAAUUAUAUUUGAGUAUGUUACAUUGGUUAUAUGUGAUAGAUUCAAAUAUAAUUUGUAUAUACAUACACGCAUAUUGUACAUGAAAUUAAAUGUAUAAAUGAAACCAAAGUGUAUAAGUAAUAAACUGCAUAACAAAGACAAGUAUUUUAUGUGUAUACAAUAUUAAAAAUGACUAUUUUAAUGUUAAAUUAGGCUUCUUAUAUUGUUGUUAAUAUCUAUACAUACAUGAUAUGUAAACUGGUGUUUAACAUCAUUUGUCCAUUGUUGAUCCCUUUCCACUCAAAUAUUAUAAUGUAUUAAAUAAAAUUCGGUGUCUUUGAUACAUAAUUUUGUAUUCCUUUCACUAAUUUAUUCAUAUAAGUUUUCUUUUUUUAUUCAAUAGAAAUGAAAAACAUACGAAACAACAAGACAUUUAUUACAAACUUUUUCAAUUUUUUAUUCAAAUUACAUUGUAUAGAUGUGUUCUAAUAUUAAAUGCACAACGAAAGUUCUAGUGAUAAAACUAAUAAAGAUAUAAUCAUUCUAUAUUGAAUAAUAUAUAUUAUAAUUUACUUCUUUUGUACUACAAAAUAUUAAAAAACUUAGUGUACAUCAUUUAAAAUUAUUCCAAACAAAAUAGGAAUACUAGACUCCAAUGAUAAACUGAUUAUUCAACUGUUUGAAACAGCAUAUACGUAUAUAGAAAGUUAUAUUAUUAUAAAAUUAUUGCUUAAAUUAAUCUAUUUACACAAGUUUUUUAGUACAAGCCACAGGCUUUUUUCUAAAACACUGAAACAGUCUUGAGAUAAAGUGAAAAUCCAUUUGUCAAAAUAUAUACUUACAUAUAGUAUACCAAAAUAUUUUUCAAUUUUUUUUAACAUUAUUCUUGGCUCUUGUUCGAACGGACUUUCUUGAGAUCGUUGUAUCUUCGGUAAUUGUCGUAUUCAAGUUUCGAUUUCUCAGUCGUGGUUUAUUCACAGUUUCUUCAGCAGAUUCAUCAGUUUCACUAAUGUAUGGUUGUGAAACUUUCUUAAUUUUCUUUUUUACACCAGAAACAUUUUUAUUAUCAUUUUGUGCUAAAUCGCGGCUUCUCUUUCGAAACGAACGACUUCCACUACAUUCAGGAGACGAACUUAUAUUUUCUUUCUCUAUAUUUGACGAAUUUAAUACGCUAUUAUUAAAAAAUCCAGAAUGAAUAGAAUGUAAUUUACCUGUAAAUAGAAUUCUAUGUAUUUUAAUAAUUUAUAUAGAAUUUUGACAAAAGAAAAUUGCAUACCACUACUAAAUUUGUUAUCAAUACUAUCAUUACUUGAUAAGUCAUAAUGAAUAUCUUGCAAAACAGAUGCUGGCUUUUCAUUAUCUAUCCCUUCUUGAUCUGAAAUACUGUUAGAUUCAAAAUCGUUCUGGUUUAUAGUAACAGAAUCUAUCCUUCCCAUUUCAUCUUUUAAAAACAACUUUUCCUUCUUUUGUAAUAAUAAUUUGUACUUUGAAGCAUUGCGUGUAUUUUUAGAAUCAUUCAUUAACAUAUCCUUACUAGCAGUAACAUCCAACAUAGAGUGUACUUCUCUAUGGGACAUAGAAAUAUCACUAACUGUGCCUGAAUUAACAUCAUCUUUUUCAGUUUUUAGAUACAAACAAUCAGUUCUAUUAAAUUCCGUUUCCGUAAUAUUAUGCUCUUUAUAAGUUGCCUCACAUUCAUCAUUUCGAAUAUUACUAUUGGAAGAAGAAAAUUCAACAUUGAGAAACUUCUGUGGUUCAGCACUAGAAUAUAUUUGCAAUGGACAAGUAGAAUCUGAAUCAGAAUCCUGAAUAUAUACAUUGGACUUCAUAGAUGACAGAUCAGUUUUAUCAGUGUCAUUUAUUGAAUCAUCUAAACUGUCAUUCUUUGCUUCAUUUUUCUGUACACUGUUUUUGUUCUUUUCAAAACUUUCAUUUAACAAAUUACGUCUUACAGACGGAUUUUUCUGAGGUUCAGAACGUUUAAUUUUGUUAAUUAAACUUUGAAAACUGUCUUUAUGCAUUUCCACUAGUAAGAAAAGUAAAUAUUGAAAUGUUAUAUUAAGUGCAAGUAAUUGGAAAAUAUAAACAUAUAAACUAAAUUUUAUAAACAUGUAAACAUAUAAACUUACAAUAUUUCUUUCUCUCAUCAUCUAUAAUAUUUUGUUCUGUAUUUCUGUUAACUUGUAAUUUCUGAAAAAAUUCAUAGAAAUAUUGUAUAGUUACUCUAAGAUAUUGUAAGAAAUAUAGACUAUCAUAUACUAUUAAAUGUAAGAAAUGUGAAAAAUAUGAGGUAUUUUCGACUGAUUGCAAAUAAAAACAACAAAAAAAACAAGUAAUUACAUUUAGAAAUGAAGAUGCCCUGUUAUUUCUUUUUUCAUGAUUCUCUUCAUCUUCGCAUUGUUUAAUUAAGUCAGAGAUUGGUCUUGGAUUUAAUUUAUCACAUUCUGCAUUAUAAAGAAUAAUAUAUCUUUGCAAACGUGAUUCCAUAGUUUUACGAUCUCCUUGUGAUGACAAACCAAAUUCUUUCAAUUUCUUUUUCAUCACAGCAUCUUUCAUCAAACUAAAUACUAAUUUUGCAAUUGGCUGACGUUUUGAGUCCGCUCUGGAAAAUAAAUAACAGCCUUAUCCUUUACAUAAUUUCAAUGAUAUGACAUAAACAUAAAUUCUAUAUUAUUAGGUUGCCCCAUAAGUUCAUGCCACUUAUUUUUCUACCAUAUAAAAUAAUAUUUUAUUAAAUAUAACAUUUUUAUAACUUCACAACCUGCCGUUCU